CAUCUUACACACCCCUGAUUGUUUUAUUCUUAUAAUCCAUUACGUCAGUCUAUUUCGAUUCCGCACUCUCUGCCGUAGCCAUGAGCAUGCUCAGGCUUCAAAAGCGCCUGGCGUCCAGCGUCUUGCGCUGUGGCAAGAAGAAGGUUUGGCUGGACCCUAACGAGACUAACGAAAUCGCCAAUGCAAAUUCCCGGCAGCAGAUCCGUAAGCUGGUGAAGGAUGGUCUGAUUAUCAGGAAGCCGGUGACGGUCCACUCACGUGCCCGCUGCCGCAAGAACACACUGGCACGGCGCAAAGGCCGCCAUAUGGGCAUCGGUAAGAGGAAGGGCACAGCCAACGCUCGCAUGCCUGAAAAGCUCUGCUGGAUGAGACGAAUGAGAAUACUGCGCCGGUUGCUACGGAGAUACAGAGAGUCGAAGAAGAUUGACAGGCACAUGUACCACAGCCUGUAUCUGAAAGCGAAGGGAAACGUAUUCAAGAACAAGCGCAUCCUCAUGGAGCACAUCCACAAACUCAAGGCAGACAAGGCCCGCAAGAAGCUCCUGGCUGACCAGGCUGAGGCACGUCGCACAAAGACCCGGGAGGCCCGUAAGCGCAGAGAGGAACGGCUGCAGGCCAAGAAGGAGGAGAUCAUCAAGACUCUGUCUAAGGAGGAGGAAACUACCAAAAAAUGAAAAUAAUAAUGAUUAAAAAUCCUCUCCUACUCCCCUGUUCUCCCAACAGAUGUAUUGCGCUUUUUUCGCUGUAUAUGGUGAUAACAUUAUUGAGUUGUACAGACAGAAUAAAUUGUACAGUGAGAGUGAAGUCUG